UAUGUGUAUAUGCUAAGGACUGCGUAGGUCGUAAUUUUUUAAUAUGUAUUACUUGGUAAUGGUAUAGGUAAUACGUAUGUAAUUGGGACAGUAAUUAUUAUAAAAGUGUAACUAAAGUCCAAAACGUUCGUUUGUAUUUGUCGUAGUUUUUCCACUUACAAAUUCCAAUGUGUAGUAACAACAUUACAGACACAAUAUUAUUUUUGCGUUAGACUUGUAAAGUUUUUCUAUUUAUUAUUAUGAGUAACUCUGUGGGUUCUGGUGCUCCUGGUUCCAGUGACUGUGAGGAAGAAGAUCAAGAAGAUUCUUCAUCCUCCUCCGAUAUAAAUGAAGUUGAUAAUGCUAUGAGUCAAGUCCAAAUUAGCAAUGAUCUGCCUAAAGUAAAUGUGGAUGAACUGUCAGUGUUCAGGCAGCAAUGGCAGAGGGAGCUGGAGUCCAGUCCAUCUCCUCAGAGGCAGAUCUCGAAGCCUUCCCAUCUAGAACAUGAAAAUGAGGAUCUCUCUGAUGAAGAUAAGGCAAAAAAACUAUUCCUGAGAGGUGUGGAAAUGGAACGCGGUGGUAAACUCUAUGAAGCUAUACAGCACUAUAAGAGAGCUAUACAGAUAUUGCCCGAUGUUGAGACCCUCCUGUAUGAAGGGUCUGAGCAGAGACCUGAGUCUUCUGAUCCUGAUGAAAGCCAAGAUGAGGUGGUGUACAACACUAAUGAUGGAGAUGAAAGUGAUGAUGAAGGUGCAGUGGAGGGAGAGGAUCUUCUCGCUCGCCUGCAGAGGAUUUUGGCUAAGAAAGGACAAUUGUGUCAACCUAACUUCCCUGUUAAGGGUUGCCACAUAUCGUGGUUGCCGUACGAGGUGAUCCAGCUGAUAGUGCGGUGGGUGGUCAGCUCGGACCUGGAUGCGGUGUCUCUGGAGCGCGUGGCGGGAGUGUGUCGUGGACUGUACGUGACCGCGAGGGAGCAGGACAUCUGGAGAUCCAUUUGUGUCAAAACAUGGGGAAUAGAUUGCGGCUCGCCCCGCGCCCACAACUUCGCCUCGUGGCGACAGAUGUACAUCGAGAGACCUCGGCUGAAUCUGAACGGAUGCUACAUCAGCAAGACCACGUACCUGCGACACGGAGAGAACAGCUUCCAGGACCAUUUCUAUAGGCCCUGGUACCUUGUGGAGUACUACAGGUAUCUGAGGUUCUUCUCCGACGGGUUGGUGCUGAUGUUAACCACGGCUGAGGAGCCGACGUCCGCUCUCCCUCACCUCAAACACCGCCUCGCCAGGAACAACCUGGGAAUCAUGCCGGGACACUACCGCCUCUACGGUGACAAGGUUGUGAUUGUAAUUAAAAAAUCAAGUACGGAGAAGAAAGCAAGCCAGACGUCAAACACGCGGUUCCGUGCGAGGCGGAAGGAGACCAUAGAGCAACAGGAACAGAUAUUCCAUCUGGAGUUGGAGCUGCGGAGCUUCCGGUCCCGGCGCAACCAGCAGCUGGCCUGGCGGCAGUACGCCGUGAGCACCCGCCGCGACCACUGGAGCAACUUCGAGCUGCCCGCCACCAAGUACCCGCCCUUCUCGUUCAGCCGCGUGCGCAGCUACACGGACGGGGCCGCCGCGCCGCUCUAGACUGGCGAGCCAGUAAUCAUCAAUCAUUUAGAUUAAGUAUAUUGCAAUAUAAGAAGUUUCCUUAAAUAUUCUAUUUUUAUGGAAUGUAAAUAAGAAAUUAUCAAUUUUGUCAAUGCUUGUUUUGUAAUAAAAUGAUUUGUUGCAA